AUGCGAAGCAACGCGGCCUGUCGGCGACACUUCUCCCUUGCGGCGGCGCGUCAUGUGGCCAGUGCUUAUCGUCCCCGCAUCCUUCCUCCUCGCCUUGCGCCGCCGUGCCGCGCCAGGCACGCACUUCAAUCGCUGCUUGCCAGCCACCGCCGCCACCGCUACGCCGCCGCCUCUCGGACCGAGAUGUCGCUGCCAUCGGUGAUGAACGAGACGUGCGACUCGCUGGCGCUGUGCUCCUUCUGCCACUCCUUCGGCAGCCAGAACGACUGCGCCGAGGCCCCGCACUGCGAAUGGCUGCACUACGUGCACCGCAGCUCCAUGAUGGACGUGGCGGGUGCUGACCAGUGGCUGAAUUGCACAGCGCGCGAUCUGGCGGGUGAAUGGUGCACUUUCCGUUUCGUGGUGGACCGGCCCCGCAAUCUGCUCUUCACGGACAUCCACUCCAUGCGCUGCACGGGACACCCCGGAGGU